GUAAUCAUUCUCUUUUCUUCUUCUUCUUCUUCACAAAUACAUUCAAAUUUACACCCUGCACAAAUACAGUUGGGAGUUCUUUAAUGACAUGAAAACACACACAGAGCUUCAUCAAUUUCAAGUACCUCUGUAAUCACAUCAUGCAGUAGUUAACAUGAACAACAAAUCCAAUCUUCUAUCAAAAUCCACUAUACUCAUUCUUCUAGCUUUAUCUUUCUUCUACUUCGGUAAACACUUUUCCAACACUCACACUUUCCAGCAACUCAUCUUCUCCAUUUCCAAAACCCCCAAAACCCUAACCCUCUCAAUCUCCCCAAAUCACUACAAAACCUUCAACAUUCCUUCACUAAUCAACACCACAUCACCUCCACUUCAUUCACCUUCACUCUCUCCGCCGUCGCCGCCGGCGGUGCAGAGGUUCGGAUUACUGGAUGAGAAUGGGGUCAUGAGGAGUGAUUUUGAGGUCGGAGAGUUUGACCAGGAUGCGGUGGAGAGUUGGAAUAAUGAGACUGAAGUUGUUGAUGGUGAGGAUGAAGUUAGGGUUAGGGUUUGGAGGUUUGACAAGUGUCCGGUGAGUAUGAGUGAGUAUAUUCCGUGUAUGGAUGAUGUGGAAGGUGUUAAGAGAUUGGGAUUAAUGGAGAAAGGGGAGAGUUUCGAACGGCAUUGCCCGGAGAAAGAUAAGGGGUUCAAGUGUUUGGUGCCGGCGCCAAAGGGAUACAAGCCUCCGAUUCCAUGGCCGAGAAGUCGAGAUGAGGUGUGGUAUAGCAAUAUUCCUCAUGCACAGUUAGCAGAAUAUAAAGGUGGUCAAAACUGGAUUGUUGUGAACAAGGAUAAAUUCAGGUUUCCUGGAGGUGGCACACAGUUCAUCCAUGGUGCAGACCAGUACAUAGAUCAGAUUUCAGCGAUGGUUCCAGAGAUUGCGUUUGGGCAACGUACCCGUGUUGUGUUAGACGUUGGAUGUGGUGUGGCAAGUUUUGGUACGUAUUUGAGUUCUCGGAAUGUACUCACUUUGUCUAUAGCUCCAAAAGAUGUACACGAGAAUCAGAUUCAGUUUGCACUUGAGCGCGGUGUGCCUGCAAUGGUGGCAGCUUUUGCAACAAGGCGGUUGCUUUAUCCAUCGCAAGCGUUUGAUUUAAUCCAUUGCUCAAGAUGUAGAGUUAAUUGGACCCGUGAUGAUGGGAUUUUGCUACUUGAAGUGAAUAGACUGCUUCGGGCAGGAGGAUAUUUUGUCUGGGCAGCACAACCAGUUUACAAGCAUGAACCACUCUUAGAACAACAAUGGGAAGAGAUGCUGAACCUUACGAAUCGUCUUUGUUGGAAUCUUGUGAAGAAAGAGGGAUACGUUGCAAUAUGGCAGAAACCUAUCGAUAACAGUUGCUAUUUAAGCCGUGGUUCAGAGACCCAACCUCCAUUGUGUGAUAACGAGGAUAACCCGGACAAUGUUUGGUAUGUUGAUUUAAAGCCAUGUAUUACCCCACUGCCUGAUGACAAAUCUGGAGCAAACAUCGCCACUUGGCCCGCAAGAUUGCAUAAUCCUCCCGAAAGACUCCAAUCCAUAACUUUUGACGCGUUUGUAUCUAGAAAAGAUCUCUUUAAAGCAGAAUCAAAAUACUGGCGGGAAAUAAUCGAUAGUUAUGUUCGGUCUUUACACUGGAAAAAAUUCAAACUCAGAAAUGUGAUGGACAUGAGAGCCGGAUUUGGAGGAUUUGCAGCAGCCUUGAUUGAUAAUCAACUAGAUUGCUGGGUUAUGAAUGUCGUUCCUGUUAGCGGGCCAAACACCUUACCCGUUAUAUACGAUCGGGGACUCCUGGGAGUUAUGCAUGAUUGGUGUGAACCAUUUGACACUUACCCAAGAACCUAUGAUCUCUUGCAUGCAGCAGGUGUUUUCUCAACUGAGCAGAAAAGGUGCAACAUUUCAAGCAUUAUGCUUGAGAUGGACAGAAUUUUAAGACCCGGAGGACGCAUGUACAUUCGUGAUUCUAUUACAGUGAUGGAUGAACUUCAAGGAAUUGGGAAGGCGAUUGGUUGGCGUGUAACACUACGCGAUACAGCUGAGGGGCCUCACGCAGGUUACAAAAUCCUGGUAUGUGAUAAAAGCCUCAAGUAAUAAUCUCGUUCAACUGUUCUUGCCAUUUUUUUUAACCUGUGAAACACAAUUUACCAGCACAUUCUCUGCUGUUUUUUAUUCCCUCCUAGUUAUUAUAGUUGUACAGGUACAUGUACAUCUCUUUAGUGGUUACUGUAAGAUUAUGUUAUGUUUAGGAUUUUAAAUUUAAAACAUUCCAAGUCAGUUCAAAA